GUAGCUCUUACUUUAACCCUUUCACGUCAUCGUAGGAGGUAAAAUUGAUCCAGGUAGAUAGACCUCCUCACAUUCUCGCUAAGUCGACAACAAAGGUUGAUCUAAUUUUUAUGUCUAAUUGCCGUUUCAUAAAAAAGAAAAAGAUUUUUUUUUAAAAAAAGAGUUCACAUCCUGUACUAGCAGGGUGAAGCUGGUGACGCCUCUUCAGACGGCUCAGUCUGUCGUCGCCCAGCAGGGAGGAAGCAUGAACUUCACAGCCCUUUGCGCUGCUGUUGGAGGAUUUGAAACACAUAAAAGGGAAGCUGGUGAAAAGGCAAAAGAAGAACACUUGGAGAGUGUAAGAGCCCAGCAGAACCUAAGAUGUGCUGUUGUGAGAAUCCUCCCGAACAGAUCUCAGUUCUUUCUGUAUGAAUCGGUUACGCUGAGCUGUGUGGACAGUGAAAACUCUCCCGACUGGACGGUGAAGAGAAACACGGCCGGCAACGAAACGGCAGACUGGGGAAAGAGAAAUGGGUCACAGCAUUUAAUAGAUGCCGUUUACCCGUUUGACAGCGGACGGUACUGGUGUGAGUUCAGAACCGGAGCAUGCAGCGAGGUCAUUAAUGUCACUGUGACAGAUGGCCCUGUGAUCCUGCAGAGUCCCGUCCUUCCUGUAGCCGAGGGGGACGCAGUGAUUCUUCGCUGCAUCCACAGCGACGCCUCUUCCUCCUCCAACUUCACCAAGUUUUACAAAAACGGCCUCCUGAUCGGAAGCAGCUCGACUGGGAGCAUUGCAGUCCGAGAGGUUUCCGAGUCUGAUGAGGGUCUCUACAAAUGCAGCAUCACUGGAGCAGGGGAAUCCCCAGAGAGCUGGCUGUCAGUCAGAGGAUGCGAGCUAGACUCCUUUCACUUUCAUCCCAUAUACGUGUUACUUCCUGUGGUUGCCACCUGCCUCUUGUUUGUCUGUGGGAUGCUGCUGUGUCUCAGGAGGAAGGUCAGAGCUAAAGUGGAUGCUGACGUGUCCUACACUGACGUCACCUUCCCACACAGAGAGCUGCCGAAGACAAACGCAGAGACGACUUCAGAGCUACUGCUGUACUCAACAAUCAAUCCAGGAAGCUGCUGAAAGGAAACCACCAGAUAUGAUCACAGUCAUAUUCUUUGUUGGGUCUUUAUGUAUUUUAUGUAGUCAGUAAGUGUGUGGAUGGAGGGCUAAUGUAAAAACGAGUCUUUUUGUGUGAAAGUCCUUCACAUAUUCAAAAUUAUGUGAAAUGUUUCUCAUUUCCGUUUGUUUUAUAAUCAGAACAAAACAGGAAAUGUUUUGACUUAAAUCUCACAAAACAUCCUGCUUUACGUUAUCCUGCGUUUUACAUCCUGAGUUUUGAUAUUUUCUCAGUGGCAGAUCUUCCCAGUCAGACAUAAUAUUUUUUAGGACUUUUAUUUUUAAAACAAUGUAACUUCCUGUAACAGAAAUGUUUUUGUCAAUGUCAAGUGGGAUUUCUACAGCUUCUAAGAGUAUUUGAAUGCGGCAUUAUGAUAAAUAAAGAUACGUUUUUAAGGUGAGGGUAAUAUUCAGUAACA